CUUCAUGUAAAUGAAAUAAAUGGAGCUCUGACUUUAGCACAGUUAUACAGGUUCUCACUGUUUUCCAGCAUUGACUGCAAGUGUUCUUUUCAGGACCCCUUAGAAACGGUGCGAGAGAAGUGUGAGCAGACAGAGCAUUGUGUUUACACUCGACAGAAGCUGGAGGCUUGUGAAGCUCGGGUUAGCUCGAGGUCACACACAGAAGAAGACUGCACAGAGGAGCUCUUCGACUUCCUGCAUGCACGGGACCACUGCGUUGCACACAAGGUCUUCACCUCAUUGAAGUGAUCUACACACUACCUCACCACUCCACAGAUUCCAGUCAUGAAGUCUAUAUUUAACCACACUAACGUACAGGGCUACGUCAUCAGAGACUUUAGCUACAUCUCUUUGUUUACAUGUUAUUGCGAAUAAAUAUGUAUGGACAUUGUGUAAA